CCGUCCCCCACCUCGCAGGGGGCGCACGGAGAAAUAAAAUGCUCCGUAACACGCACUAACGGUGUCCUUAGGCGAGGCGUCGGCAUAGAGGCGCGCUAAGCAUGGAAGGAGAUGAAGAGGAAGACUAUAUGUCUGAUUUAUUUCUUAAACAGGAUGUCAGGCCAGGCUUGCCCAUGGUGAGGCGGGCGAAGGAAGCUAUUCAGAAAGAAGAAAAGCAAAAAGAAGCCAAUGAGAAGAACAGACAAAAAAGCAUAAAAGAAGAAGAAAAAGAGAGACGUGACUUGGUACUGAAAAGUGCAUUGGGCAACGAGAACAAGGGCUUUGCUUUGCUCCAGAAGAUGGGCUACAAGAGUGGCCAGGCCCUUGGCAAAAGUGGAGAAGGCAUUGUUGAACCUAUUCCUCUGAACAUAAAAACAGGCAGAAGUGGGCUUGGUCAUGAGGAAUUAAAAAAGCGAAAAGCUGAAGAAAAACUGGAAAACUAUAGACAAAAACUCCAAAUGAAAAAACAAGCAAAUGAACAAGCUGCAGAUGAGUUCAGAAUAAGAUUCAAAACCAAACAAGAAGAACGUAAGAUGGAAGGGGACCUGCGAAAAAGCCAGAGGGCCUGCCAACAAUUAGAUACGCAAAAAACUCUGAAGAUUUAUCCUCAAACUGCCCUGGAGACAGUGCUGCAGAUCAUGACUAAAGCCAGUCUAAAGGAAGAAGUCCUAGAUAAGUAUGUAAAAUUCAUAGUAUCUUUUAAAAAGCUUGGAGCUAUGCCAUACUCAAGAAUUCAUACCAAAGUAUGCAGAAGAGUUUAAGCUGACAAGCUAAAUUCAUAUUUUCUGUUUGAUGCACAAAUUAAUAGGAAUUAAAACUUGGUAUUUGUAAUAGAACUAACAUAAUUGAGAAGUAGGUUCAGUCUUUCACAUCUUUGUUUAAGUGCUGCCCAACUGAUAAUAAAAUUCAAGUAUGAGUAAAGGCAUAAUUAUUGGCUAAUCACUUUAUUGCAUUAUGUGUUAAAUAGGUUUUUUUCAUCUUUACAGACAUGCCUAAACACCAGACUGGUUUUGUUUACUAUCUCAAAUUUGGUGGGAAAAAAAAUCUUGUGAAACUUGAACCAAUUACUUAAACCAAUAUUCUGUUUUAUAUAAAGAUAAAUAUUUUUCAUAAUUAAAUAGAAUUAGAUCAUGAUGAUGUUUUUUUUUUUUUUUUUUUUUUGGUUUUUUUUUUUAUAACUGCUAUCCACUAAAAGGUUUUAAAAGACCUUUUAUUUUUAGUUAACAGCAGUCUCUACUAUAAUUAGCCAUUUAUAAAAAGUUAAUGCUGAAAUAUACAAAUACUAUGCAGGGAAAAUAUAUCAGGAACUCCUGGUGUAAACUACUGUUACAAACUGGUACAGUAUUAAUUAACAGCAAGAAGGUAAUGAUACUACUUUGCUCUGUCCAAAAACUGUAAAGGAAAUGCAGCCCAGAGAUUGUUCAUUUUCAUAUUGUGAACAGUUUCAUAGAAUUGUUUAGGUUGGAACAGACCUUUAAGAUCAUCAAGUCCAACUAUAUGUUAAUUUUAUAAAGAUAAAACAAUUAUAUAUUUAUAUUGAUUAAACAUAUUUUAUAUAUUUAUUUUUAUAUAAGCAAUAGAUUAAAGAGAAGAGAAAGCAGCAAUAGUAGUAUUCUGUCUGUAAGGAUAUAUAAUUUCUCACAGAUCUUGACCACUGCAAAGAACUACUAAUCAGUUUAGCAUAGUGAAAUACUUAAUGAAUUCCAGUCAAGGAUAAGGUUAGGAAAGCAUAAAGCCCUGAUGGAAUUCAAUCUGGCCAGGGAUGUCAGGGAGAAGAUCAGAUUCAAGAAAAUCUGAAGAACCUAGAGGUGCACAAGUCCAUGGGACCUGCUGACAUGCAUCCACUGGUCCUGAGGGAACUGGCAAAUGAAGUUGCUUGAGUUGGAAUUGUUCAGCCUGGAAAAGAGAAGGCACUGCAGAGACCUUAGAGCAGCCUUUCAGUACGCAAAGGGGGCUGCCAAGAGAGCUGGAAGGGGACUUUUCCCAAGGGCAUAAAGUGACAGGACUAGGGGGAAUGGCUUUGAAGUGGAAGGUUGAGAUAAAAUAUUAGGAAGAAAUUCUUUACUGUGAAGGUGAUGAAGCACUGGAACAGGUUUCCUAGAGAAGCUGUGGAUACCCCAUUGCUGGCAGUGUUCAAAGCCAGGUUAAACAAGGCCUUGAGUAAUGUCAUCUACUGUAAAGUGUCCCUGCCCAGGGCAGGGGGGUUGAAACUGGAUGAUCUUUAAGGUCCCUUCCAACCCAAACCAUUCUAUGAUUGUAUAUAUCUCAUUUAUGAUAAAGAGAAAAAAAGAAAGCAGUGUAAGCCCUUGAAAAGUAUGUACAAUCAUAUUCUUAUUUAGCAACAAAUACUUGCACCAGAACAUCAGUAAUUUCCCUAAGACUAUAAAUACCUUUAUUUGUACUAUUUAUUUUAGAGCAGUCACCCACUUUUAACCCAUUUAACAUUUCAGAAAAAGCAUACAGUACUUCACAUAUUACCUAUUUUUUGCUUAGAAAUCUCUAAAUCUCUGCUCAUUUGCCCUUAUGGAGUUAUGUUGACCCCACAUCAAUGAACAGUUUGACAAGAUAGAGCUCAAAGCCAAUCAUUUGUCUUUUCACAAAUGAAGAGUAGCAGAGAACCUGCUGUUCCCUUUUGUGGAGCUGGCAGUGGGCACACCAGAGGUACUAAGUACAGUUAUUAAGGGUUAGGCAUGCCUCAGUAUUACAGUAAGGGACUAAAACCUAGAAGCAUGGGAAUGUUUAAAGUGCUCUUUCAGCCUAGGAUUUCAAAUGGUUACUACUGAGGCAAUUUUCCUAUAAUGAGUAGGAUUUUCUUAUAUUAAUAGCACCUUGAAUGUUCCUUUCCAAAAAAGACAACCAUAAAAACCUAAAGUUUUCCAAAAUUGAGAUUUGUUCUAAAUUAAAUUUCCUAGAAGCUGAAUGUUUAACAUUUAAAGAAAUCCUCAUAUUUCAAGUUUAAAUUCUAGAGCACUGAAGGUGCUAGGUCAUCAGCAGCUGUGAAGAGAUAAGAAAACUUAAAGUGCUGAAAUUCAGUGAAGAAUAACGUGCACCUAUUUCCUUUUCUGCCAAAACUAGUCUUGGUACUAAUGGAGCAUUCCAGUAAUUAUUAACAAUAUUACUGAACAAAUCAGAAAGGUUUGAGUCACAUACCACCGGACAGUAGUUCUUCCAUGGAAAGCAAUAGAACACCUUAAGGGAUAAUGGAUGCAGCACAUGUAGGGAUUUGGCACAACCCACUUAGCACUUUAGCACAUCAACAUGAUCUUUGAGGGGAAAAGGAGCAGGUAGUUUUUGUACAAAACAGUCCAGCUCAUCCACAACCUGUGUUUCCAGGUAAAAACUGUGUGUUUCCUUGCAGACGUGCCCUGUCCUGGUUGCAGCUGACAGAUAUAAAUGGUGAAGUGGCCAAGGAAAAGACACACCCCAAGUCUUCCUGUUGCUUCUGACAUCUGUUGUCAUUUCAUCAGUUGUAAUAAAUUCAUCAAACUCUGGAUUUAAACACAGUGUGAAAGGACAUUCAAUAAGAGAAAUUUCUAUGUUCCUUCUCUUUAUCAACAGAUUUAAGAAGGUCAAGCAAAUGAGAUAUAGGGAUUCUUCCUGAAGGGUCUCUUGAAAGCAUCUUUUUGAUUAUGGGUGCCUGCAAAAAAAAUUAAAUGUCAAUAGUUUGGU